CAGAGAUGGCAUCUCAAGUCGCGAAAUCCACCCCUUUGGAGGAAGGCCGAUCGGCAGCUCCCGAGGGGCUUGCGAGAAAGGCACCAGACGCAUCUUCCGGCAUAGCGCAGGGCAAGGGUAUACAAUCAGAGCGCAGAUCCAAGGCACCGCCGAAGCUGGCGCGUCGAUCCGGGCAAGCCAAUCUGAGAUCUGCCAAGGAAACAUCAUCGGCUCCUCAGUCCCCCGUGGAACAGAGAGAGUGCAAACUGCCAAGUCCGACUGAGGCUUCGGGGUCGACGACGACUUCACUGUUCGAUCGGGGCUGGGGUGCUGCUUCACGGUUCAAGGGGGUCUCUACAGGCGUGUGGCAGAUUGGCGAUCACAUCCCUACAGCUAGAGCACGCGAACUUGCGGGGCAUUUGCGCGGGGGCAUUCAAAGAGCCAGAGCGAGUGCGCAGCGGGUCGAGAAAAGCGAAGUCAAGCCAGAGGGCGAAGAAGUGACCGACGUCGGCACUAACGACUUUGCCACUGACAUUUCCGGCCUGCAAGGUUUCCCGGUCAGCAAGGACGGCAACGUGCGAGGCCCAGAAGGACAAAUUCUUGGCCAGCUCGUGGAAGGCGAUCCGAAAGACAUUGUCGGUCAGACAGUCGGCGAGAAGGGCGAGGUGCGAAACAAAAACGGAGAACUAAUAGGCCAGGUGAAGUUACUGGCUGAAGACGUCACUGCAGAUCAACAACAGCCGCUGCCUCACCUGUCGAGCCUUGAGCCUUUAAAGGGCCUUCGCAUCACAGGAAGGGGUGACGCCGUCGACCAUGCCGGGGAUGUGGUCGCACGAGUUGCAGAAGGUGAUUCCAGCAAGAUGGCAGGGUUGACCGCGAAUGAGUACGGAGAGGUUUUCAGUAAAGAGGGUGAACGGCUCGGGAACCUGGAGCUGAUAGUAUCGCCGGAAGAGAGACUCAAGGCAACGGAAGACGGGUCGGAAGGGCUUGUGGAAAGGGCCAGCGCGGAGGAGACAUAUACUGGUGGGAUGCUUGACACCGCCAUCCCCCAGAGUCGGCAGAUCAGCGAUGAAGCCGAGGCCGUCGACGAGACGAAUGCUGUAGAAAAUCAAGUUACGGUCGAAGAUAUCACAGCUCCGGCAGUGGAUCAAAGCGAAACAUCGAAGCCACCCGGGGAUAUCCAGGAAGAUACCCAGCUGCUUCCACCCACUUCGACCCUGGUUGGCCUCACAUGCAAUAGGAUGGGCAGUAUCAUCAACGCGGAAGGGAACCAGGUCGGCGAGCUGAUCGAAGGAGACUCGAAAAAGCUGUGGCGGGGCGCUUUCGAGCUAGACAAUCAAGGGCAGUUCUGGGACCACCAGGGCCGCGUCAUUGGCAAGGCGCAGCCUGUUCCCCUCGAGGACGACCCCACUGGACCGUUCACGGCUUUUGAUGAUCCGUUCGUUGGCACCGAGGGCUGGGUCCAAGACGCGAACGGUAAUCGCGUGGGAAAGGUUGUUGAUGGGAAUGUGCAUCGUUUCCUUGGUCGUGCUGUCGACGACGAUGGGGAUAUUUUGGACAAGCGAGGUAACAGUAUUGGCCGCGCGGAGCGCUGGGAGGAGCCACCUGAUCAGGUCAACUUGUGCAUGCUGGCUGGGCUCAAGACCAACAAACGUGGCUUUAUCCUGGAUGCCGACGGCCUGCCAAUCGCCCGAGUGGCGGAGGGGGACUUGAAGCAGGUCAAGGGACGUCCUAUCGAUGGCGAGGGACAGAUCUGGGAUGAUGCCGGUGCAGUGAUCGGGCGCGUGGAACUCUUACCGGAGAUCAAGCGGGAACUCGAGUGGCCAUUUCUAGGACUCGGAGAGCUAGUCGUGGGGAAUACUGGCUUUGUGGAAGACGCUUCAGGCGAUGUUGUCGGCCGGCUGGUCGAGGGAGACGCCAAAACUCUCCGCGGACGUCGCGUGGACGAGGACGGCGAGAUUGUGGACCGUUAUGGCACUGUCCAGGGUCGGGCAGAGCGAUAUCAGCCAUCGGACGAAGAAUCGGAGGACCUCUCCGUGCUGGAAGGAAAGACUGUGAACAAGCUGGGCAAUGUCGUCGAUGCGGAUGGGACCAUCUUUGGCCGUGUUGUGGUGGGCAAUUCCCGAAAGUUGGCGGGCAGGUCCGUGGAUGCUGCAGGGCUGGUCUGGGGGGACAACGGGCGAGUGCUUGCCCAAGCCGAACCCCUCCCUUCCCAGCGGGGCAACCCCGGUAUCUUUGCAGGACUAGAGAGCAUCGUCGUGCGCAUGGACGGUCUGAUCGCCGAUCCGGAUGGCGAAGUGGUUGGGAAGCUGGUGGACGGCGAUUUGUCACGCCUGAUCGGUCGAGCUGUAGACGAAGAUGGUGAAAUCCGGGACAAGCGAGGCAACGCCAUCGGCCACGCGGAGCGCUACUCGGUCGAAGAAAAGCCAUCGCUCUUACCCGAGGAACGACAGCAGCAGGUAGAGGACCAGCGUAGGGAGCUGGCUAAGACGAUGUGCGCUAUCCUGCGGCAGACCGUUGACUCGUUGGAGCUCUUGUGUCGGCAGAUCACCUAGCACAUCGAGACGGUCGAUUGCACACGUGGAAUUAUUGAUGAAGGAACUUUCACGAGCCGUCACAGCCACGAUCGACACUUAUCGGUGGCUUGCUUCUUAUGGAGAUCACAAGCUCUUUCCGUUGCAGGAGUUGCUGUCGGGGGCACUGGCUCAUCAUUGCAGCCGUGGGUAUUGUGCUGAGCGGUGCCCUCGGACUGGCAGACAGAUAUUUGAUGGUCUGGUGAG